ACCUUUUUACCUGGUCAAAACUUUGCAAAGCAACCUUUCAUCUUUUACUCAUCUCAUUUACUCUUUUGCACAUUAAAAUUUUCUACCUGCUUAUAAGCUCCACACUAAUUUUUUAAACAAAGUCACCUUGUAUAUACUCUGCUUUUCUGGUGACCCUAAAGGAAAGCGACAAUGAAGUCAUUUUGCUUUCCUAGUUAUUUUGUUUUUUGGCAUUGAAUUCUGAUGGGCUCUUUCUUAAAUUUAUUCAGAGGGUUUGUUAAUCAGUAAAGUACUUUUCCUCAUUAUAUUUCUCUUCUGGGUUGCUGAAUACUGAGCAAAAAGUAUCAAACUUUCCUUCAAAAUUGCACUACCAUUUGCUAAUUUUUCUGUUUGUUUCUUGGGAAAUCCAUUUUUUUUUUCCCACCAUAAUCUGUUUCUUCCUUAUUGCACGACGGUAGUGUGUUUUUUCUUAUCUGGAUACUUAUGCCUCCCGCAUAUUUUCCUCUCCGGUGGGAAAGCACCGGAGACCAAUGGUGGUAUGCUUCCCCUGUUGACUGGGCCACCGCCAAUGGCCACUACGACUUGGUCCGAGAGCUUCUCCGCAUAGACGGCAAUCACCUCAUCAAACUCACCUCCCUUCGACGGAUCCGCCGUCUCGAGACUGUCUGGGACGAUGAAGAGCAGUUCGAUGAUGUGGCCAAAUGUCGCUCACAAGUUGCUCGACAAUUGUUCCAUGAGUGUGAGUCAAAGAAAGGAAAGAAUUCCCUCAUCAGAGCUGGAUACGGCGGGUGGUUGAUGUACACCGCCGCCUCUGCUGGUGACUUGGGCUUCGUUAGACUUCUUCUUGAAAGAAACCCUUUACUGGUUUUUGGAGAAGGAGAGUAUGGUGUUACUGAUAUUCUCUAUGCUGCUGCCAGGGGUAAGAACUCUCAGGUUUUCAGGCUCAUUUAUGAUUUUGCAGUCUCCCCAAGGUUUUUAACGUCCAAAGGAGAAGGGUUUGAGGAGCACAUUGGGGACAUUCCGGCUGUUUAUAAGUGGGAGAUGAUGAACAGAGCUCUUCAUGCUGCUGCUAGAGGAGGAAAUUUGAUGGUUUUGAACGAGCUUCUCAGUGACUGUACAGAUGUUUUGGCUUACAGAGAUAAGCAUGGUUCCACCAUAUUACAUGCAGCUGCUGCAAAAGGGCAGGCUGAGGCUGUUAAAUAUCUUCUAGCAUCUUUUGAUAUUGCCAGCUCGAGAGACCAUCAAGGCAACACUGCGUUGCAUACUGCUGCCUAUCGGGGACAAGCAGCGGUUGUUGAGGCUUUGAUUAUUGCUUGUCCUUCGUUGGUCUCUGUAAGAAACAAUGCUGGAGAAACUUUUCUCCACACAGCAGUUUCUGGUUUCCAAAAUCCUGCAUUUAAAAGAGUGGACCGACAGACUCAACUUAUGAAGCAACUGGUAUGUGAAAAAAACUUUAAGAUUGAAGAUAUUAUUAAUGCUAAGAAUAAUGAUGGAAGGACUGCUCUUCACAUGGCCAUCAUUGGGAAUAUUCACACUGACCUAGUUGAACUCCUGAUGUCUGCUCAAUCAAUCAAUGUGAAUGUUCGUGACACGAAUGGAAUGACUCCACUUGAUCUCCUUAGACAGCAUCCUCACACUACAUCAUCAGAUAAACUUAUCAGACAGUUGAUUUCUGCUGGGGGAAUAUUUGGUUAUCAGGACCAUAAUGCAAGAAGAGCAAUUGCUUCCCAUUUAAAGAUGCAAGGCAGUGGAAACAGUCCUGGGACUUCUUUCAGGAUAUCCGAUGCUGAAAUUUUCCUAUAUACAAGAGUUGAGACAAUAUCAGAUGCCAGUCCUGGUGAUCCAGGAAUUGUAUCACUGGGUUCAUCUUCACCAGAAAUAAGUCAAAUUGAAUCUACCAUUGAGAAUCAAAUCUCAUCAGUUGAUAAGAAACCAUGUUCCAAGAAUAACACAGCACAGAAAAUAAAAAGUGUCCUCCACUGGCCCCAGCUGAAAGAGACAAGGACUAAAAGGGUUCAGAAACAGGUAGAUGGGAAUUCUGAGCAAUCACAGAAAAAAGGGAAGAGUUCUAAUGGAGCUCCAAUCCCACUGAGGCAGAGAUUUGCAAAGCCUCCAUUACCUUCCAACAACAAAAGGACACUUUCCAUGAGGAGUAAUCAGUCUAGCCCAAUUGCAAAGAAGAAGCUUGCCUCAGGGUUAAUGCGUGGGGUUCUGCAGGCCAUGCCACAUUUAACCACUCGCAGCCGGUCUCGUUCAAGUUCAUUCUCAAAGUCAUCCAUUUCUUCUCCAAGUUCAUUGGAUAAACAAAAGGGUGUCUUUACUGAGACUGAUUUUGCAGGACCAUCUUGCUCCAACCAAGUGCAUGAUGAUGGAAAAGCAAAUACAGCCAGCUUCAGAAAAUCAUUCAAGAGCCAGUAUUUCUGUUUUGGUGGUUCAGGAUUGUCUGUGAAAAUCCCAGUUAGCCGGCAGAGGCAGAACCAGAGUGUUGCUAGUCCUCCUAUUGCCCUGAUGGCAUGAAUGACUGGGGAUAACAAGAGCUGGACUUAUCAAUGAAUUCACAAUGUGAGACAGAAGGGCAAAAAGUACUGACAUGGAAGCGCCACCAAAUUCUGUAAUAUUCUGUCUUUUUAAUAUGUCUAGGUUCUGUAUUUUCUUAGGUUUAAAACCUAUGCUGAAAUAAUGAUUUAUGUGUGUUCUAAGAUCAAAUUAAUCUUAUAAAUAUGUUAUAUGUAA